UGAUUGUGAAGAUGGUACACACUUGUUGAAGACGGUCCGUACGGAAGUUACGUGAUCGAGAGUACCAAGCAACAUGCCCAGCAAACUUAAAGUGGUAUUAAAGAAUACACACGAUAAAGAAAAACAUGCUGAGCGAAUGCGAGUGGCCAGACAUGAAUGGUCGGAGGAGCAAAAGCAAAAAAACCGAGAAAUGUCCAAGAUCAGAAUGAGGGAAUACAGAGAAAGAAAAAAGACGGAGAGAGAAAAGACAAACAAUUCAGAAGUCCGAAAAAUGGCAACAAGACAAGAAAAAAAAGCAAAAGAAGAGCAAAAUAAAAGAAAAGCUGAAUACAGAAAGAAAUAUAGAGCUGGCUUGUCAAGCCAAAAGAAAAGGCGUAUACGAGAAAAAGAUGCAAAAAGAAAGCGAGAAAAGAGGUGCAAGAAUAUGAUAGGAGCAACGACUGUUGUCCAAUCAGUACCUAUCACAACUGAGAACACAAAGACCCCUUUGUCUGACAGUGCUUUAAAAAAGGCUGUCUACCGGGCUAAAAAGAGAUUGCCAAAGUCUCCAUCCAAAUUUGCAGAUGUUGUUUCUGGCCUUGUAAGCAAUGCCACACCAAGAAAAAAACUUGCUUUAAGCAAUAAAGGAUUGGAUUCCUCUGAAACAAAGAAAAACUUGGACAAUAUCCUGCAAUCUAUCAAAGAUGUGGACUUAGAUAUGAGAGGAAGGGACAGAGAGAGUCGUAUGAAAAGGAAGAGUUUUAUUGGGUCCCUCUCUGAACAUGUUAAGAAAAGACACGGAAUGACAUCAACUUUCAGCGCAGCACUUGGCAUACAAAGAAAGUACUUUUCACAAGGGUGUCUUAAAGAACAAAAGAAAAGAAAAGACUGCAUUGCUAAAGAAACAGAAGAGUCAAUCCAGAACUUUUUUUGUCAAGAUAAUGUGUCGACUAACUUACCAAACAAAAAAAAACAUCAAGAAAGAUGCUGUAGAGUGUAGAGUUAUCCAAGGAUCACUUCACAGUGUAUGGAAUAAAUGGAAAGAAGCAAAUCCCAACAAAGCUAUUUCAUAUGACAAAUUCACCAAACUCAAG